CCCGCCUCGGCCUGCCUCCUGCUGAUGCUCCUGGCCCUGCCCCCCGUGGCCCCCAGCUGCCCCAUGCUCUGUACCUGCUACUCAUCUCCACCCACCGUGAGCUGCCAGGCCAACAACUUCUCCUCCGUGCCGCUGUCCCUGCCGCUUAGUACGCAGCGACUCUUCCUGCAGAACAACCUCAUCCGCACACUGCGGCCGGGCACCUUUGGGCCCAAUCUGCUCACCCUGUGGCUCUUCUCCAACAACCUCUCUACCAUCUACCCGGGCACCUUCCGCCACCUGCAGGUCCUGGAGGAACUGGACCUCGGGGACAACCGGCACCUGCGCUCCCUGGAGCCUGACACCUUCCAGGGCCUGGAGCGGCUGCAGUCGCUGCAUCUGUACCGCUGCCAGCUCAGCAGCCUGCCCGGCAACAUCUUCCGUGGCCUGGUCAGCCUGCAGUACCUCUACCUCCAGGAGAACAGCCUGCUCCACCUACAGGAUGACCUGUUCUCGGACCUGGCCAACCUGAGCCACCUCUUCCUCCACGGGAACCGCCUGCGGCUGCUCACGGAGCACGUGUUCCGCGGCCUGGGCAGCCUGGACCGGCUGCUGCUGCACGGGAACCGGCUGCAGGGCGUGCACCGCGCGGCCUUCCGCGGCCUCAGCCGCCUCACCAUCCUCUACCUGUUUAACAACAGCCUGGCCUCGCUGCCCGGGGAGGCGCUCGCCGACCUGCCGGCGCUCGAGUUCCUGCGGCUCAACGCCAACCCCUGGGCGUGCGACUGCCGCGCGCGGCCGCUCUGGGCCUGGUUCCAGCGCGCGCGCGUGUCCAGCUCCGACGUGACCUGCGCCACCCCCCCGGAGCGCCAGGGCCGGGACCUGCGCGCGCUGCGCGACGCCGACUUCCAGGCCUGCCCGCCGGCGGCCCCCACGCGGCCGGGCAGCCGCGCCCGCGGCAACAGCUCCUCCAACCACCUGUACGGGGUGGCCGAGGCCGGGGCGCCCCCCGCCGACCCCUCCACCCUCUACCGAGACCUGCCCGCCGAAGACUCGCGGGGACGCCAGGGCGGGGACGCGCCCACCGAGGACGACUACUGGGGGGGUUACGGGGGCGAGGACCAGCGCGGGGAGCAGACGUGCCCCGGCUCUGCCUGUCAGGCGCCCCCGGACUCCCGCGGCCCUGCGCUCUCGGCCGGGCUCCCCACCCCGCUGCUUUGCCUCUUGCUCCUGGCGCCCCAUCACCUCUGACUGCGGUGCUGAGACUGAAGAGGCCAGAGGCCGGGGUCCAGUCCCCCCGCCCGACCCCCACCGGUGGCUCUGGCCCCAGUCCCUGCCCACGUCCCCGGCCUUGCUGCCUUCCUUUUUCCUCCCAGCUCCUCCGCUGGGACCAGGCCGCCGUUCCCUGUGUCCUGAGCUGUUCUGACUUAACUGGCAGUCCUAAGAGGGCUUGUAUGGCGGCUCAGCCCUAUUCUCCCCAACUCUGGCCGUUAACUCUUCCCCAUCCCAAGGCUGGGGUGGGGCACCCCAGGCAGCCGCUGACCCCCUCUCCCGGUGCCCGCAGUGGACUUCAGAGGGGAUUUUGUCUGCAGAGCAUCUUCCACCAGCAGAGCCUUUGGAAGCUCCCCCAGGGGAGCCCCACCCAGGACCCUUUGGAGGGAUGCCUCAGUCAGGGCCAGGCUGACCCUGGGCCCUUGCUUGUUCUAGCCCCUGCAACCUCCUGACGCUGGAGGAAUACUUUCUCCUAAGUCUACCCUGGACACUUUUGAGGGCACCUGGAGAGAACUUUCCUCUCCACCGUGGACCCUGUGUGGUGAAGAACAAAAGAAGUUGUUUGGGAAAAAAAAAAUUUAUUAAAAAAUUCUAUUAUUUUA